UGAUGACAACUAUAGGGAGGCACCGCAUAUCUAGUCAAUUAGAUUUCGCUGGCUGGCUAUAAAUGGUGAUCGUCCUAUCAUCAUUAUAUCGCAUCUCUCUCUAUUACAUAUAUUUUCAAGGUUUUGAGAUUUCCAAUGGCUUCACAAAUGUUAUUCUUUAUCGUCCUCUCCCUUGCAAUAUUAUCCUGUUCAUGGGGGUAUCAACAAGAGGAGAAUAUUGUGUUUUACAUGCACGAUAUAGUGAGCAAACCCAACGCAACAGCAAUAGUAGUUGCAGGAGUAAAUGGAAUAUCCUCAGAGCUCUUAAACAUUGGAACAGUGCUGGUUAUAGAUGAUCUUCUGACUGAAGAGCCUGAUCAUUCUUCCACCGUUGUGGGAAGGGCCAAAGGAAUUUAUGAGUUUUCAGAUGUGAAGGGAAAUGCAGUUCACAUGGUGUUCUCUGUUGUGUUUGAGAACAAGAAAUAUAAUGGGAGUACACUUGAAAUCCAUGGAACAGAUAUCUUCACGAGGUCCUCUGGAAGUGAGGUGUCUGUGGUGGGAGGAACGGGGAAAUUGAGGUAUGCUCGUGGGUAUUCCAACGUUACUCUGCAUUCUGCCGUUGGCUUUGAUGGCAUUCUCAAAUUCAACACUUUCUUCCGCCUAGAUUAAAGUUGGUAUGAUAUAGGAGAAAUAGAUCAAAUGUAAGAGAAAUGGGUAUUGCUUUCCAUUUUAGGUUUUAUAAUAAAAACCAUUCGUGAUAUUUA